AUGUCUGGACAUCAUCACAAGCAUGGGUAUCGACGCCGGGACGAGAGGCGACGGCGUGUCCGACGCCCGUCUGGCGGCUCGAUGCGUUCGAGGGAAAGGGAAAGCAGCAAGAGGAAGAAGCCAUCUGGCACACGGUGGAGCUCGAGCGAUGAUGUGGACACGCCGAUAAAGCCAUCUACUCUCGCAGCUAUCGCGGCGCCAUUCGGUGGCCUUGGGUUUAUGCCCGUCACUAAGCCAUCUAUUGCUAUAACGGGGCCGUUGGUUCAAGCUAUCGCCUUGCCACCACCACCCGACAUCAAGCCAGACAUCAAGCCGGAUUUACCAUCGCGAGACGUGAAGCCGAUUCUACAACAGAGGGACGUCAAGCCAAUGCUACCGCCUUCGCUCAUGAUGCCAGCGGCGAUACGCACUCCUCCAGUUGCUCUUUAUAGCCCGGACGUGCUUCCACCUCCACCGCCCUGUGAGGAGCCACCGUCGCCUCCCGCAUACAAGCAGCUCGCACCGGCGCAACAAUCCUGUUCCGACCACUACAAUGCCGGGCCACCGCCGAGCACCAUCCCGUUGCCCUGCACCGUACCGCCGCCACAAUUCGCAGCUCCGAACUGCCCACCUCCAGCUCCUCUCGGCAUUCAACAACCACCCGAUGCGCUGCACGGGAUUCCGAUGCCUCUACCUCAAAUGCCACCUGGGAUUUCGCAAGCGCUUCCUGCGCGCUAUGGAGCUCCAACACCACCACCGCCUGAUGUGCAGCCCGGACACUCGCCUGUAUCGCCGCGCCCCGAUGGCCACAUCCCUGGACAGCGCUGCCCUCGUGCUGUAAUUCGAUGCAGUCGUCCCACCGUGAUCAAGCUGCCCUCCAAUACUCAACGUUCCAUGGCCGAGAAGGCAUGGGGCCUCGGCAGCCUUGCUGAUUACGUCGAUCAGCUGCAGAUAGGCGAGGGCACCUACGGCCAGGUCUACAAGGCCGUACACCAAAAGACCGGUCAUGUCGUCGCGUUGAAGCGAAUCCGCCUGGAGAACGAGAAGGAAGGCUUCCCGAUUACGGCCCUUCAUAUCAUCACCGAAGCACGAGAUAGGCAAGAAUUGUAUCAAAAGAAAGCGGCCCAUUACCUCGUCUUCGAAUACGUUCAUCACGAUCUGCACGGGCUGCUCGAGUCGGGCCUAGUGAAAUGGAACGGCAUCCAGUGCGGCGCCGUCUUCAAGCAGUUGGCCAUGGCCUUGGAAUACGCGCACAACAACAACAUCAUGCACCGCGAUGUCAAGUGCUCAAAUAUCUUGCUGACGGAUAAGGGCGUCUUAAAACUCGCCGAUCUUGGGCUGGCACGCUACUACAAAGAUCAGGAUCGUCUGUACACAAAUCAUGUGAUUACGCUGUGGUAUCGCCCGCCAGAGCUGCUGUAUGGGGAGGAACGGUAUGGCCCGGCGGUCGACGUCUGGAGCGCCGGAUGUAUACUCGCUGAACUCUUCAUACGCCGCCCCCUUUUCCCCGGGCAAACCGAGAUGGCCCAGAUUGACCUGGUUCUGCAGCUCUGCGGUACACCUACUCGCGCCAACUGGCCCGAAUUCUUCGAGUUGGUCAACUACAAGGUCUACACGCCUCGGCAUGAUCUGCCGCGUAUCCUGCAACACGAACUGAGUUCGGUUCCCAGAGGGCCACUCGAGCUCAUCGAUAAAAUGCUGGCCCUGAACCCGAAGGAUCGACCGAGCUGCUCGGAUAUUUUGCGCCACAAAUUUUUGAAGGACAUUGACCUGGAUCAGGUGUUGCCGUUGGAUAUGCCCAAAAACAGCUGCUACGAGCUGUCGAUGAAGCAGGCGAGGAGAGACAAGAAAGCACGGGAGCAAGUACUUCGCGAGCAGCAACAGCAGCACCAACACCACGACAACGGACAGUCUCGCCCCACAAGCGCCGCCUCGUUCCCGCCGUCGUCUUCAAGAUCCCGGCCUCGCUCGCCUCCAAUGUCUCGGGCUCCAUCUCACCACAGAAGCACCAGGUUU